AUGGCGCAUCGCCACGCUUUGCUUGCCGUUAAUGGCGACAGCGCCUCUGAAAAAGCAAAAAACCCAAAGGAAAAAAGGAACACACCGGUGGGAAAACGCCGUGCCAACAACGUAAACAUGGCAAAUCUCUCAAGAGGAGUCCAGCUUGUAGAACAUUUCUUUAAUCAACAAUUUCAAACUGAGGACUUAAUAGUUAAUACCACUGCAUGUCCAACAGAAAGAAACCCAGAAACGCAGAGAUCAAAUGAAACCAAAACUCAAACCGUCUUUCCUUUGACAUCCGUCAAGGAUCUCAAAGAUCUACGGCAGAAUCCUAGUUACAGCAAUGUCAGCGUAUUCACAUAUGAGGAGACAAAGUUGGCUACGAAGGAAUUCCGGCCAGACCAUAUAGUCGGCGAAGGGGGGUUUGGGGUCGUUUAUAAAGGAGUCAUAGACGAGAAUGUGAGGACCGGUUUCCCAUCUACAGCAGUCUCCGUUAAAGAGCUUAAUCCUGAUGGCUUCCAAGGGGAUAAAGAAUGGCUGGCUGAAGUGAUCUACUUAGGGCAGCUCAGGCAUCCAAAUCUUGUGAAGCUCAUCGGCUAUUGUUGUGAAGAUGACCAUCGGUUGCUUGUUUAUGAAUACAUGGCAAGUGGGAUCGUCGAAAGACAUCUCUUCCGCAGUAAGUUGUAG